AUGGCUUCGCUUUUCUCUUUACCAAAUGAGUUGGUACUCAAUUCCCUCCGUUCAAGUUUCCCAUGUCGAGAUCAACAGAUUCGUUCUUUGGCAACAUUGCUUUCCAUUCGGGGCGCACCGCCUAGAAACAUUGUUCUUCACGGUCUCGAAGCUACGGGUAAAAGCGCUAUAACAAAGGCUCUUCUGGAGGCGUUGUCAUCUGGUCCAACCAAUACCACCGCCAAUGGAGAUUCAGAGGAAGAACACGCAGAAGAUAAUCUACGACAUGCAAUAGUUAAGAGCGCUGAGUGUAUUACUGGGAGGCAUCUACUUGAGCAGACGGUUGGCGCCGUUGCAAGUGCCGUGGGAUGGAGGGAGGGUGUGCGACGCUGCGACAGUCUUUCACAAUUAGUCGUUGAGCUUGGAAGAUUAUUUGAAGGCUGGACUUCAGAUAGGACAGAUGGUGCAAAGCAGAGAUUUGUAUUAGUGUUUGAUGGUAUUGACAAUCAAAGAGAAGCGCCACCAACUUUGCUACCAGCUCUGGCCAGAUUGGGGGAGGUGAUUCCAAAUCUCACAAGUGUAUUCAUCGUGACCGCCCCUCGUCCUAACUUUCUACACUUCCCUGGCGUUCCGCAUAUCCACUUUCCCCCCUACACCAAGGCAGAAAUUCUCCAAAUACUCUCUCUCACGGACCCCUCACCCAAACUCCCAGAAGGUGCGAAAGACACCAAAGAUGUCUGGAUCCGUUUUGGCUCUGCUGUCUGGGACUCCCUUGCAAAGCACUCCGGCCGAGAUAUCCUCUCCAUCCGCUCGGUUUGUCUACGUCUAUGGCCGAGAUUCAUAGCUCCCGUGCUGGAAGGCACGCAUUCGGCGUCCCAAUUCAGCCGCCUCCUGCUUGCGAACCGAUCCCUAUUCCAGAACGACGGGGUGCUAGUCCCCAGCAUAGUCGCCGACACACCCACCAACCCAACACCUCUACCCAGCUCCCUACAACAUGGAAAAUACCGAGGCAUCGGCGCCCAGCUCCCAUACUACUCGCGUCUUCUCCUCGUCGCCGCCUACCUCGCCUCCUUCAACCCUCCGCGCACCGACCAAGUCCACUUCAUGAAAGCAGCGGCCGCCAAACGCCGCAAGAAGGGCGGCGGGACCGCGCUCCCGAAAGGUCGACCGGGCGUGACCAAGCAUCGCAAGAUCUCGCGCAAGCUGCUCGGUCCGCAGGCGUUCGUCCUCGAGCGCAUGCUUGCGAUCUUCCACGCCAUUGAGGAGGAUGCGGAUCUGCGGGCGAAGGCCGGCAGGGGCAGGGAACGCACGGCUGGCGCGGCGGAUAUUCAGAUGGCGAUUGCGACGCUGGCGACGUUGCGCUUGCUGGUUAAGGUGGGCGCGGCGAAUGCGGGGGAUACGUUGGAUGCGGGGAGCAAGUAUAGAGUCGCUGUUGGGUGGGAGGUGGUUAGGGGCGUGGCGAGGAGUGUGGGGGUCGAGGCUGAGGAUUAUCUUGCUGAGUGA